AUGUUGAAAAGUAUAAGAUCUUCGGACGCAACCAUUCCACUUGCUGAUCUUGAUGCGUCACAGUUAACUUGCACUGUUGAGCUGAUGGAAAGACCUGGAUCAAUGAACCGAGCAUUGUGCUUGAGUUCUCGCGUGUACGUAGCCCUGUUUUACGAGCAUCCGUCGUGGAUACUGCCCAUGCGUAAUUCCAAGACUCGGACAACUUGUGACAGAGCGUCUGCGGUGUUUUUGGCCGCUCUAGAUCAGCAGCACUCGUUACCCUGA